AUGGUAGGUGGAAAGGAUGCGGCAAAACGUGCUGGCAAUGCUAAGCGGAGCGAUGACAAGAAGAAUGGGAAGGGGGAAUCCGGAAAUAAGAUUGGACCUGCAGCGCAUGCGACAGUCGCGACGCAUUCCGACAACAAAAGGGAACACAAGACAGCGAAAGCCGUACAUGCGAAGCCGCAUCCACAGAAGAAGGGCCCUGAAAAGCCGGGGAAGAGUAAAAAUAAAAAUAAGGACGCAGGGAAAAGUGCGGAGAACUUGAACGAGUCGCUGCCAUUACUGCCGCCCUCACCCCGGAGUAACGGCGUCGUGGAGGAGGCGGCGGUGGCCCCUGCAAAUGUCACCAACACACCAAUCGUGGAGGACUUGGAGCGGAACGACGAUAACGCGGGGGUGUCGUUCUCCGGCAUGCAAAUUUCACUGGGAGUGCAAUCCGUGCCACCAGUAAGAAGAGAGAAGCGCAGCGGUAGUGGCAGUACCCUGUGCAAGGACGGGAUGGCAGGUUUGUUUAGAGCGGACCAACGUGCUGGUGAAAGUUUGAUGGAUAAUAGCGAUGGUGGUGCGCGUUGGCCGAAGGAGGCACCGACGUCAAAUUGGACUGCGGGCAGCACGGAGGACCGCGACAGUUGGGUGAACGCCGUGGGCGGAGUAACGGCCAAAAAUAAAUCCCGCAAGGAGACGGCGGGGAGCGAGGACGACGACGAUGAUGAGGAUGCAGAGGAAGAAGAUGACGAGGACGAUGAAGAAGAUGACGAAGAAGAAGAAGAGGAUGGCGAAGAGGAAGAUGAGGAUGGCGAAAAUGACGACGACGAGGAGGAGGAGGAGGAGGAGGACGAGGAAGAUGAAGAAGAUGGCUGCAAUGACACCGUCAACAAGGGGGAGGGAUGGAAACAGGAGCAAAUUACAGUGAAAAUAUCUCGCGAGGGCGAUCGAAAUGUGAAAGUUCUUUACGUCACACGGCGCACGAAAUUUAGAGCCUUCGCGAAGGAUAUCAUGCGGCGCUUUGCGUACAACCGUCUUUGUGACUUUGACAUGUAUUGCAUCGACGCCGCUGGGGACCAUGUCGACAUUGACGUUUCGCAGGACUUUAAAAAUCUCAUUACGCAGUUUUUGCAGACGUUGCGGUUGGAGAAACAAAAGAACGCGGCGGUUGAUGCGAGACCGUCGUCAAAAUCGUCGCAGUCGCAGCAUUUGCCGCCCAAGGCGUCCCGGCGGUUUUCGGCAAGAGGGGUGCUUCGCAGAAGUGCCUCCCUCUCACGUCCCGGGUCUCAAACUGUGGAGACGAGUCCUGUUGCGGAUGACGGGGAACGUAGCAGCACGUCGGUUCUCCGACUGUAUGUGCGUGACUCGUAUAGGGUGCGGAAGGAGGAGCAGCGACGGAUGCAUCCCUCCAUCGCCACGGGGCAGUCGCAGCUGGUACAAUUAGGACUUUCGUCACAGCAGCAAACACAUCGCUCGCUGCAAAUCACGGGUUCAGUGGGUGAGGACUCGUCGAAUGAGUUUUUUACCCCAGGCCAUGCGGACUUUCUGCCCAUUGGCUCCAGCAACAUCUCCGUCAAUUUCAGCUCCACCGCACGUUUCUUUUCGCAGACGAUAAACUUCCGUGAGGACGAGGAUGUACAGUGGAGCAAGAUGGGACUACUCGGCAAGGGUUCCUUUGGCAGCGUCUAUGAAGGCAUCACGAGCGAGGGGAAGAUCAUGGCUGUGAAGGUGCUGGAAAUUUCGCUCGAUGAAGACGCCGAAAACGUGGCGAGCAUUCAACGUGAGAUAAAUUUGAUGCGAUCGUUAAAGCACAAAAACAUAGUUGCGUACUACGGCUGCCAGACAAAAGAACUCUCUAGUGGGGCUCGACAGCUGGAGAUCUUUCUAGAGCACUGUCAUGGAGGUAGUUUGUCGCAUCUCCGUCGCAAGUUUGAACGGGCGAAGGAGCGUUUUUCCAUUUCGCUUGUUCGCACCUACGCGAAACAGAUUCUGGAGGGAUUGGCCUAUCUACAUAGCAUGAAUGUCGUCCAUAGGGAUCUAAAGGGCGACAAUGUCCUCAUCUCGGCUCUCGGCGAAGCGAAACUUGCGGACUUUGGAUGCAGUAAACGCAUCGGCACGGCGACGAUGCAGCAAGAUAGCUGUGGGGAGAAAGGCGCUGGCUACCAAACAAUGGUCGGAACUCCGCUGUUCAUGGCGCCUGAAGUGGUUAAAUGCGAGGGCGGCUACUCCAAGCCGGCGGACGUGUGGUCUGUUGGAUGCCUGGUGCUUGAGAUGCUUGGACGUCAGCCAUGGAUCUUUAGAAGUAAUGCAAAUGCCUUCCAAAUCAUGUAUCAAAUCUCGAAGAGCACGUCGAUGCCAACAGGAGUGCCGAACAACUGUCCUGCGGACUUGUACUCCUUUUUCACGCGGUGCUUCGAACAUGAUCCGAAUAAGCGGGCGACGGCCGAGGAGCUGCUGAAACACGAAUGGAUCACGUGCCCCGACAGCAAGCUGCAGGAGGUGCUGGAGGAGGCGGGUGGGGAAUGA